AUGGCAGCGCCUUGUAUCAAAGUUUCUCAAUCCAGAUUCGCCGCCCUUCGAAUCGACAAUGACAGUGAUGAAGAGGUGAAGAAACCAGUGAAAAACAAUACUCAUUCCACCCAACAACAACCUAAAAAGAAAGUAAAGAAGAAGAAGGUCGUGUCUAAUGAAACUGCUGAGCUAAAACAGCUUGCAUUUGGAAAACCAACAAGCAAGACGAAGAAAAGCCAAAACCGAAAUAAUCAGAAUCUGUCUCCAUCAGUUACCGACAAGCAGUGGGAAGACUGGAAAAGAGUAGAUGAAGAAUAUACUUCGGACAUUUAUGAAAAGGAUUUACAGCAAGCAUUACUGUUGAGUAAGUUGGAAUUUGAACAGAAAAGUUCAAACAAAGAGAAAAGUGGAAACAUUACCGCAUCUAUCCCCACCCCCGUCACCAACAAUAAUAGUAGUGGAAAUACUAAAUCCCAAGCAGCUGAAAACAAGAAAAAAAGAAGAAAAGAGAGAAAUACUCCCAUUACAUUGGAAGAAUACAAAAACAGAUCCCGCCAAAAUGCAAAGGAAAAAAAUGAAGAGGAAACAGAGGAAACUGAGCCUCCUCCACCAAUACAGACAAAAAUUUCAGCUGCAGACGGAGACCCCAAUUACUUUGAAAAUGUCAAAGAUGGAGUCCACCGGAUUCUGAAAAAAGAAAAAAUGCAAGAAGAAUAUCAGAAGCAAUAUGCAGUGCAGAGUGUGUUGACUGCUAAACAUGCAGAAGAAAUGAAACAGAAAGAUGAAGAAUUAAAUCGGUUAAGAGAAAAAGUUAAUAGUUUAGAGGAUGAGCUUAAAAAAGUGAAGAAAAGAAAUCGGCAAUUGGCAAUAAUUCUUAGUCAAGCAGAAAUAAAGGAAAAGUCUGAUAUUUUAGAACAAGUUGACAACCUGAAUAGUGUCAAAGAUGAGCUUACAGAUCAGGUGAUCAAAUUAACACAAGAUUUGGAACAGGAAAAAUCCAAAGUCCAUAAUUACAAAGCUGAAUUAGACAAGUUAAAAGGAUCCAAGCACAAAGGUGAUUCCAAACAUGUCUGA